CGUCGUGAAUAAUGUCAGACGAGGACUCUAGUGGCUGGCAACUUACAGAAUCUGACCCUGGGGUGUUCACAGAGUUACUCAAAAGCCUUGGAGUGCCUUACAUCGUCGAUGACCUCUACUCACUUGAACCAGAAUCAUUGGAGGCGCUACAGCCUGUACAUGCCCUAAUCUUCUUGUUUAAAUGGUUCCCUGAAUCACCUGACGACGAGCCUGGUGUUGGUGCUGGUCACUAUGAUUCAGAUUUCCCUGGAUUCUUCGCCCAUCAAACUGUGAACAACGCUUGUGCUACACUUGCCGUUGUCAAUGCCCUGGGAAACAUUGCGUCUCUUCAUGCAGGACCGCAAUUUAUGGACCUCUUGAGCUUUACCGCAGGCAUGGACCCACAGACAUGUGGGAUGGCUAUCACAAGCGCGGAUUGGCUUCGAGAAGCUCAUAACGCGCUUUCUCCACCUAGUUCCAUCUCGUUAGAUGGUCUAGACCUUCCGAAGAAGAGCGAAGAAGCCUAUCACUUCGUUGUGUACCUUCCGGUGAUGGGGAGUCUGUAUGAACUGGAUGGACUGAAACCUUACCCAGUGCAACAUGGCGAAUAUGACGGAUCUGGAGAGGGAUGGGUUAAAAAAGCAAGGGAAGUUAUAGAGAACCGGAUACACACUUACCCGACUGGAGCACUUGAGUUCAGCUUACUCGCUCUUCGGGAUGACCCAAUACCUGGAAUGAGAAGACGUUUAGACGCUCUGCAAGGUUCAGCAGAGGACGUUGAAAUAAGCGAUCUUAUGAAUAAAAUUUCCAAUGAAAACUCCAAGCGCGAACGCUGGGCAUUUGAGAACAGCUCGCGUCGCCACAACCACAUCGGCCUUGUGCAUGCUUUAUUGUUGGCUCUAGCAAAGGCUGGAAAGCUUGACUCGGCGAAAGCAGAUGCGCAGAGAGUGAUGCAAGAGCGCUUAGAGAGACAAAGAGCGAUGCAGUCCUAGAGCGGGGCAGACUGAUGUGCGGUCACAGUACUCAGUAAGUGCAUUGGGCACGUACUUUAAUCUCAGUCUCGUCCUCGCUUCCCGAGUUUGACUAGCGAAUGACAAUAGAGGUCUCUUGGCGCCCAACGUGAAUAAUACUUCUUUGAUUUCAUCGUGAACUGUACACUACAUAGUUUGUUCCUGACGUUUCUCUCGCUUGCCUUUAUUUUACGUCUCAGCGGUCUUUUCAAAUCGGGAGGUCUGACAAGCUGUCACAAAUAAUGAAGCUGCGGAUACUUGGCACGACGGAC